AACUUCACCGUCGAUGAUACGUUUGGUAACAAUGCGCACACCGUGAUACCAGCGUAUCUCCCAAACAACGGCACCUGGCACGUCGGGUCGCCCACCGAACAAUGCAAUGGGUGCAUAGUUCAACCCUCCGAACUCGACAUCAGCCAAAUUAUGAACCAAACCUGGCAUCACGCGACUUUCUUCGAUGGCGCCCCUAUACAAAUGGAGGUCACCUUUCCUGGUACGGCGGUCUACGUCUACAACAUCCUGCCAAAUACACUCCCCGGAGGAGUGAGCUCUCACACCAACCUCUUGUUUUCGAUUGAUGGCGAAACCGUCGGUCAGUUCUCCCAUGUCUCGGACUCAAGCGCGAAAUUCCUUUACAAUCAGCUCGUCUACUGGAACGCAAGCCUGUCUAACACCACCCACACGCUUGUCAUGAGAGCAGACGUAGGGUCGCUAGUCAUCUUCGACUACAUGAUAUACACCAUGGUCGACAGC